GUGAACUUUGUGUUUUCUACGCGUUCAUAACGGUGCUCUGUUUGGAGGAGUUGAGUCAGUCAAAGUAGCAUUAAAACGGCGUUGCUCAGUUUCGGCUCGAGCUUUCUUGGAAGUGACGAGCAUUUAAAAUUGACUUCUUACAGGUUUAUGUGAUAUUUUGUUUUGCCUGCUGUAAAACGUUGAGAAUUUAGCGGAGAAAGUUGUAGUUUCACCUGUGGUGCAAGAGGAGCACGCGUCACAGUGCUGUUAAAACCAAAAUGAGGUACCCGGUCUUGCUGGUUCUGUAUGCUCUGGUGACCUUGUGCUGCCAUACAAGUGCACUAUCCCAAACACCUUCUUACGGCGAACGGGGAUCAGAUCUUGGUAUUCAGGUGUUUCAGCAUGUUGUCCGCUCCAAGCCCCUGGAAAAUGUGGUCCUUUCACCCCAUGGAGUGGCCUCUGUCCUUGGCAUGUUGCUACCAGGAUGUCAUGGGGAAACACGCAAGCAAGUCGUCAGUUCUCUCCGAUACAAGAAAAAUGGACCUUACAGAAUGUUAAAGAAGUUGCACAAGGCCUUAACCGCGAAGUCCAACCAGGAUCUUGUUCUCAUUGCCAAUGGCAUCUUCAGCCAAAAGGGCUUCCCCAUGAAAAAGAGCUUUGUCGACGCCAACAGGGCAAACUUCCAGGCUGAGAGCAGGAGCAUGGACUUCAGUGACCCCCAAUGGGCGGCAGAUAAGGUCAAUACCUGGGUCAGCAAUAAAACCAGAGGUCAUAUCACAGGCCUGAUCAAAGCGGAUAUGUUGGAUUCUCCCCUGGUCCGUUUGGUCAUUAUUAACGCCAUCUACUUCAAAGGCUUAUGGAAGUCCCGCUUCCAGCCUGAACACACCAAGAUGAGACCAUUUACUGGGGGUGAUGGCAAUGUAUUUAAAGUUCCUAUGAUGUCCCAGCUAUCAGUCUUCAACAUAGGCAUGGCCACCACUUCUCACGGGGUUAAAUAUAAGGUGAUCGAGCUCCCUUAUCACGGCAACACAAUCACCAUGCUGAUUGUUCUGCCUACUGAAGAGGAUGUGCCUCUCUCCCACAUCAUCCCACAUAUUAACGCCGCGACAGUCCAAAGUUGGCGCAAACUGAUGCACAUGCGGAAAGUGCACCUUCUUCUCCCCAGGUUUUCUGCUGAUGUCGAGGUACAUUUAAAAGACCCCCUGUCGGCGCUGGGUAUCACAGAUAUGUUCACUCAGGCCAAAGCUGACUUGAGGCACCUAAGCUCAGAGCCUGUGUAUGUCUCCGAGGCCCUCCAGAAAGCCAAAAUUAUGGUAAAUGAAGAAGGAACUAAAGCAGCAGCUGCCACUGCUGCAAUUUUGAUGGCUCGUUCCUCUCCACCUUGGGUUUCAGUGGACAGACCUUUUCUCUUCCUCAUUCAGCAUAACACAACUGGUACGCUCCUCUUUAUGGGCCAAAUCAACCGGCCCUGAAGAUGUCUACUGUGCACCCCGUUCUGGUGGUAUCGUGGAAGCACAGGAAUCGCUUGUUUGCUUGCAUGAACACACAAGCAUGAAACUGCUGUCAAUUUGUUUUAUUGCCUUUUAUGUUAGUCGUAUUAAAAAGUGCAUAUGCCUUGAGCUUUUUUUUAACAUUUUUAAUAGACUGUCAUUUGCAGAUUUUAUUUACUCUGGAUAAACAAUGUUUACUAAUUUGUAUUUUUUUUUCCAUUUCAAUUAUCGCUCCAGUUGUUCUUAAGUUAUGGUGAGGCAUGUCCAAUCUAGAGGUCUUGUAUAAAGAUCUUUUAAUAAGGUUUUCCUUCAUUGAGGAAGGUUUCUUUUGUAAUUCAUCAUUGGAGAGCAAUAAAUACUCAUACCGUCA